CUCCGUAAACUAACAGAAAAUGCAACCAGGUCAAUAACACUCAUAGUAGCCCUCGCUACUCUAACAUCCAAUACCCUCUCCUCCCUCCUCUUCGCCCAAUUACCAGACGACCCUUUCCACCUCGCCAAUAAUUUCGGCUGGUAUCUCCAUUUCGCCAACAUCCUCAGCGUCUUCGGAUUCAUCGGAGCUCUUCGCCAACACCCUCUCUCAAUAGCCAUCUUCGCAAACUACCUCAUCCUCGACACAAUCCUCUGCUCCAUCCCGCGCUUCCUCCUCCUCGGCCUCCUCAACACCUUUUCCUCCACCCUGUGCUCGUCGUACCCUACCACCUCCACCACCACCACCACCACAACAACGACAUUCCAAUACCAGAACGCGAGAAGAGAUGAGUGGUCGGAAGAAGGAUGCAUCCGCGUCGUGGAACUAGCGCAGUUAACGCUCGCAGCGGGCGUCAUUGCGGCGACGGUCCUGCAGUUCGUGGGUGCGUUGUGUGUGCGUGAGUAUGCGAGACGACUGUGGGUGAAGGAGGAGGAGGGCGUGUUGGUUGAUAUCGAGGGGGAUCUAGAGAGGGGGGAGGAGGCCAGGUUGGUGGUGGAGGAGGAGAGGAGAAGAAUGGUUGAGGAGUGGGGGUUUGGGGGAUUGCCUGUUAUUCGGGAGGAGAGGGAGGAGAAGGUUUGA